AUGGCUCGCACUAAGCAAACCGCUCGCAAGUCCACCGGCGGCAAGGCCCCGCGCAAACAGCUGGCCACCAAGGCGGCCCGCAAGAGCGCACCGGCCACGGGCGGCGUGAAGAAGCCGCACCGCUACCGGCCCGGCACGGUGGCCCUGCGCGAGAUCCGCCGCUACCAGAAGUCCACGGAGCUGCUGAUCCGCAAGCUGCCGUUCCAGCGCCUGGUGCGCGAGAUCGCGCAGGACUUCAAGACCGACCUGCGCUUCCAGAGCUCGGCCGACACCAACCUGUGUGCUAUCCACGCCAAGCGCGUCACCAUCAUGCCCAAGGACAUCCAGCUUGCCCGCCGCAUCCGCGGGGAGAGAGCAUAA